AUGGCCCCCACACAAUCCCACCUAAGGACAAGCACUCUCAAAAGGAAAAGACCUGUUGCAGCCACGUCUUAUCGGUCUGAGACUCAGAUAGACAGCGUCACAGGCCGCAUCAGAGAGGUGAUAGUUAUCGACGACUCACCUACUCCUCCACCUCAGCCCCAGACGUCCAUCACUCCAUCGACCCAUAGCGCUAGUGCAGCCAUAUCAUCCGCGUACUCUAACGGUGUCAGGACGAGGGCCCAGGUUGCCGCCGAAGCAUCUGGUUCGCGCACAGUGGCUGCGCCGCCUGCUGCGAAGCGUCGCAAGAAGGAUACGGCUCCUGUGUCUGGGGGGAGCACGACAGCAAAGCCUGUUCCUUCAUCGACAGGUGGUGCCUUACAAAGAAAAGCCCUUGCUGCCCGUGCAUAUGAUGCCAAGGCAACUGGCUAUACUAACGGGUCAUCUACAAAUUUGCGUGAGUCUCAGUCCUCGCGUACGUCGGCAAAGACGGGUCCCGCUGGUUAUGACGAUAAAGAGGGUCACUAUAUUAUUCAACCUGGCGAUGUUAUUGGCGUCCCACAAAGAUAUCGAAUCGUGCGACUAUUAGGCCAAGGGACAUUUGGGAAGGUCGUUGAGGCUUUGGAUCUGUCAACCCGGAGUCUGGUGGCAGUCAAAAUCAUUAGAUCUAUUCCCAAGUAUCGCGACGCCUCUAAAAUUGAGGUUCGAGUUUUGAAGACUCUCAAACAGCAUGACCCCACCAACAAAUUCAAAUGCAUUCACCUAAUAGAAUGGUUUGACUUUCGCAACCACAUUUGCAUCGUCUCCGAAUUAUUAGGGAAAUGCAUAUAUGACUUUUUGAAGGAGAAUAACUUUGCUCCUUUUCCUCGGCUACACAUACAAGAUUUCGCUCGACAAGUGCUGACCAGUGUUGCCUUUCUCCAUGACCUCACCCUUGUUCAUACAGAUCUCAAACCCGAAAACAUCCUCCUAGUCAAUAAUGAUUAUCGUAUUGUCUCAGCGUCUCACACUUCCAAUGGCAAACGAUCCGCUCCCACGUCUAAGAUGAUCCUAAAUUCCACCGAAGUAAGGCUCAUUGAUUUUGGGAGUGCCACGUUCGAAUCCGAGUACCACUCCACCGUCGUUUGCACGCGGCACUACCGAGCACCGGAGAUUAUCCUUGGUCUUGGUUGGUCAUACCCGUGCGACGCUUUUUCGAUUGGCUGUAUCCUUGUCGAAUUUUACACUGGCAUGGCUCUUUUUCAAACUCAUGAUAAUUUGGAGCACCUUGCAAUGAUGGAAGCCGUAAUGGGUCCUAUGCCUGGAUUGUUGGCCCGAAAGGCGGCUAAGACGAAAUCCGAGUUUUUUAAGGAGGGCGCGAAGUUGGAUUGGCCGCCUAGAUCGAAGAAAAUAACCUCACAAAGCAGGAAGGAAGUGAAGGCGACACGACCUCUCUCGGAAAUUAUACCUGCAACAGAUACCACCAACACACAUUUCCAAGAUCUCGUUCGGCAACUACUGCACUUCGAUCCCGACCAGCGACUGACGGUCAAGGAUGCCCUACACCAUCCUUUCUUCCGUGUCGAAAUCCCGCUGGAAGUCUAA